UUGGCAACAUCGCUCGCUUUCAGAUUUGUUUUUGUGUUUACUAGGAGCGGCGUUAACGAACUUCUUUUUUUUACAUUGUUUAAAAUAACGGUUUCGUAAUGUAAUACAGUUUCUUUUUAAAGUUAUCGCCCUCCAUUUUUAUAAUACAUCUAACACUUCAAAGCCUUAAAUUGCAUCAUACAGUAAGUACUUCACUGGGACCUUUGACCUCUAAGAAUUCUGAUUUCACAUCUAAGGAUAACGAUUGUUCGGAGAAAUUCUUCGUAAGUGUUUGAAUUUUGUUCCAAAGUACUCUUCAGUGGCGAACGAAAAUAACUAAUUAUGGAGGCCUUGAUUCCUGUAAUGAACAAAUUGCACGAUGUUUUCAAUACCGUUGGAACAGAUACUAUCCAACUCCCUCAGAUUGUUGUUGUAGGAGCUCAGAGUUCGGGUAAAAGUUCUGUUCUAGAAAGCUUGGUUGGCCGGGAUUUUCUUCCUAGAGGAGCAGGUAUUGUAACCCGGCGACCAUUAGUUUUACAACUUGUUUACACACCUAAGGAUGAUACUUCGUAUCGUUCGGCAGAGGAGGGUACUCUCAAUCUUGAAGAAUGGGGUAAAUUUUUGCACACGAAAUCGAAGGUUUAUUCUGAUUUUAAUGAAAUCCGCAAAGAAAUUGAAGCCGAAACUGAUAGGAUGAGUGGUUCAAACAAAGGAAUUUGUCCUGAGCCCAUAAAUUUGAAGAUAUAUUCCCCUCAUGUUGUUAACCUUACUUUAGUAGAUUUGCCCGGAAUAACCAAAGUUCCUGUUGGGGACCAGCCAGAGGAUAUUGAGAUUCAAAUACGUCAGUUAAUUCUUCAACAUAUAAGCAAUCCCAAUGCUAUCAUAUUAGCAGUAACUCCUGCCAAUACAGAUUUCGCUACUUCUGAAGCUUUGAAGAUGGCCAGAGAAGUUGACCCUGAUGGACGAAGAACUCUGGCUGUAGUUACUAAACUGGACCUCAUGGAUGCUGGUACUGAUGCCGUAGAUGUCUUAUGUGGUCGAGUUAUACCUGUGAAGCUUGGUAUAAUUGGUGUUGUCAAUCGAUCUCAGCAAGACAUAAAUAACAGGAAAAGCAUUGAAGAAGCUGCUAAAGAUGAAUUCUCAUUUUUACAAAGGAAGUAUCCAACUUUAGCAAACAGAAAUGGAACUGCUUUUCUUGCAAAAACUUUGAAUCGACUCCUGAUGCAUCACAUAAGAGAUUGCUUGCCUGAUUUAAAGACGAGAGUGAAUGUAAUGAUAUCUCAGUUUCAGUCUAUGCUGCAUUCUUAUGGAGAAGCUGUGGAUGAUCAAGGGCAAACUUUAUUGCAGAUAAUUACAAAAUUUGCAUCUGCUUAUUGCUCUACAGUAGAAGGCACUGCUCGCAAUAUUGAAACAGCAGAAUUAUGUGGUGGUGCAAGAAUUUGUUAUAUUUUCCAUGAAACAUUUGGUCGCACAUUAAAUAGUAUUCAUCCUCUUGGGGGAUUGACAACACUGGACAUCCUGACUGCAAUUCGAAAUGCUACAGGUACUCGACCAGCUCUGUUUGUCCCAGAAGUUUCUUUUGAGCUAUUGGUUAAACGUCAGAUCCGACGUUUAGAAGAUCCUAGUCUGAGGUGUGUAGAAUUGGUACAUGAAGAAAUGCAACGUAUCAUUCAGCAUUGUGGCACAGAAGUUCAACAAGAGAUUAUUCGUUUUCCAAAAUUGCAUGAAAAGAUUGUUGAUGUAGUUACUCAUCUACUCCGCAGAAGAUUGCCAGCUACAAAUUCCAUGGUGGAGAAUCUUGUGGCUAUUGAAUUGGCUUAUAUUAAUACAAAGCAUCCUGACUUUCACCAUGAUGCUGCUUUAGUGGAUACUUUAACUAAGCAUAAUGAAGAAAAAACUGUCAAUAUAACUAAAAUGGUGGAAAAUAAUAAAACCUUUAAUAAUCCAUCAUUAAUGUUCCAGAACCAGAGUGAUGGUCCGAAAAUAGAUAAUAUUUCAACAUCGAAAAAAUUUGCCCAGUAUUCAGAAUCGACAACCUUGCGUUCCUCAAGCAAGUUGAGUGGUAGCGAUUCCAACUUGCUGCAAGGUUCUUUAACAAAGCAGAUUCCACCUGCUUCAGGAAACUGGAUGGAAUCAUCACCAACUUUCCCCGGCAAAGAAACUAAGCCAGCAGCAAAUGAAAAGUCGAAUUUUGGACCUAUGAAUCCAGCUGCUACUUAUAGUCCUGUGAAGGCUGUAAAUUUGUUGCCCGAGAUACCUAACAGCACCCCUCGACAACUGUCUACUAAAGAGAAGAAGGAUUGUGAAGUUAUUGAACGUUUAAUCCAUUCUUAUUUUAUGAUUGUUCGUAAAAACAUUCAAGAUGCUGUGCCUAAAGCCAUUAUGCAUUUUCUUGUAAAUUUUGUGAGGGAUAAUCUCCAAAGUGAACUUGUAACUCAUCUUUAUAAGCAUGAAAAUUUCACUACCCUUUUGCAGGAAUCGGAACACAUAGCUGUUCGCAGGCAAGAAGCUGCCGAGAUGUUGAAGGCCCUUCAAAAAGCUAAUCAAAUAAUAAGUGAAAUUAGAGAAACACAUAUGUGGUAAAUAAAGCAAUUUUAGGCUAAUUAUUUCAGUUGUAGCGUUGCAAAGUUUGUUAAUUUUUUUUACACUUGGGUUCUAGUUGUAAUGAGUAAGAACGCCACAUUUUUUUUUUGUGUGUGUGAAUAUUAGUUGUACAUUCCUUUGUUAAACCUAACAAUAUUUAGCUCUCUUGAGAACACUUCAGUACAAUAUAUUAAAGAAUGAAAAUAAAUUGUUUUAUAUCAAAGAUGAAAAAGUAAGCCAUUUGCUAUUGGAAAGGACUGGGUAAAAUACCCAUAGGUAAUAAACUUAUCACGUUUCUAGUUCACAUGAAAAUUAGAAAUCUCUUAAUUGUUAGUAUUGUUUAUUUUUAGAUAAAUAAUUUGUGAUAUUGGUCUUUGCAUGAAUUUUUGUUUACUUUAUAGGUUAUUCUUAUUUAUAUUAAGGUCUUUCAUUUUCCCAUAAUUAAGAUGCCAGGUUCAACUUCUAUAUCGAAUUGUCCUUAAAAUGUAUUUAUUAUAAGAGAUUAACUAAUUCGUAAACAUACUGUAAAUUAUGAAUUUUAGCAAACAUGGUUUGUUUUCUCAUAUUAAAACUUGCCAAUGUUAAAAAAAAAUAUUUCGUAAUUUUUCUAUUAUGAAAUAUUUAAGAAAGCAAGGCGAGUAAAAUUAUUGAGUUUUGAAGUUUUCAUAAUGCUUAUAAAUCCAAUGUAGUUCAUUUUGGAGAAAGAAUAUAGGAAUUAUUUUAUUAUAAAAACUUGAAUUACUUUUGCAUAUUAUCAUAGAUUUGUAAAGAAUUUUUUCAGUUAUAACAGGAUAAUGCUUGAAUAUGAGUAAUAUAAAUUUUUACUGUAAAUUGAAAAAUAUUUCUUAGCAAGUACUCCGUAUUCGGAUGCUUUAUCUUUAAAAAAAUGUAUGGCAUGAAUUAAUUUUUUUCAUCAGAUUGAAGGAAUGUAUGUAUACUCGUUAUUUAUUUUACAUGAUGAGUAAACUUUUUUUACACUUUUAUUACAUAAUAUAUUGAUUCAUAAUAUACAUCAUAUAAAAAUUUUGUUCUGGUAAUGAAAUGUUAUAUAUUAUUAUGAGCCUGAAUUUGUAAGUAUUGACAACAAUACUUGUAGAUAUAAAUGUAUUAUGUCUAAAUUAUUAAUUUGCAUCUAUUAGCAAACUAUCUUUUUGCUAUUGUUGUGAAACUGAUAUAAAUAUUUAUAUAUUUGACUCCUUGACUAUUUUAUUAAUAUAACAGCUUUCUGAAAAUAAUUAUAUAAAGUAUGUGAGAAAAUCUAUUUCUUUUGUCUGAAUAAAGACUUAAUUUAUUGCAUGAAAUAUAUGUACAUAGAAAAAUCAUACAUAAAUCUUCCUGUUUUCUAUAAAUCAACUUAGUUUAUUUUUAUUACUAUUAUGCAUUAUUAUCUGUAAAUAUAAUUUUUAAUUAACCUUUUAUUUAAAAAAAAUUUUUGAAAGUUUGCAUUUUUCAAAAUUAAACAUGAAAAUUUAUUUCCUUAUUGAAUGUUCCAGUACUUAGGGAAUUGAGCCCCUUUUAUUAUAUGUAAAUUCACCUCCAAUUUCACUAUGUUUGUAUUGUGGCUUGACAUGAAUACUGUAAAAUGUUUAUCUGUUGUCCAUUCUAAAUAAAAUAUGCACAUGCUUUAUAAAAUUUUG